CAGACCUUAUAGACGGCAAGCAUCGUCCAUCGACUCUCGUAGAUGGCAGUGCGUACAAUGACAACAUUGUUGUUGCUACUGACAGCAGCAACGAUGCUGGCAGCAAGAAAUCCUGGCAGUUAUGUUGCUCCCAAAACUGGCGCGUGCCCGUCAGGGUAUUACGAGUGUCAGGACGGAGUGUGUAUCAUAGAUCCGUGGGUGUGCGACGGCUGGGACGACUGCACCAACGGGGAAGACGAAGAAAACUGUGGGUCGACAACUGCAAGUACUCCCGCGGGCUCGUGUUUAUCUGGGUACGAGUGCCAGGACGGAACGUGCAUUCCUAACAGUUGGGUGUGUGAUGGUUAUGAAGAUUGUCCUAACGGGGAGGAUGAAAGUAUUUGUUCAACGAAUACAACAACGACUACUUCGAGUACAACUACUAGCUCAACAACUUCAGAGACAACGACUAAAACAACGACUACUUCGAGUACGACUACUAGCCCAACAACUUCCGAGACAACUACAACAACCUCUACAACAACUACUCCCUUCGAGACCACAACUGAUAGCACCACUGAGAAUACCACGCCGGCAACAGGAAAAUGUCAUUCACCUUAUCACUCUGUUGGUGAUACUUGCCUCCUUGUGGUGCUCAUUGAAGGAACUCCGGAUGAGAUGCAGUACGAGUGUAAGAUGCUGGGAGGUUCGAUGCUUGAGUUUGAGGACGCCAACGACUUCUGGGCGAUACUGAGCUACCUCAAGCAGGAAAAUCUUACUCAACGUGACUACUGGGUGGGUGCUGCGCUGAAGGCCGGCAGCACGACGGCGCACUGGCUGAACGCCGGCACCCCCGUCCUGUCGGGCACUCCGCUGUGGGCCAUCAACCUCAACGCCAGCAGCCUCGUCUAUGACCAGGAGCCAGCGGUGAGCGGCUCCCAUCAGCACGUCUACAUGCGAGCUCAUCGCAAACUACUGCUCGCCGCCGCGCCUCCUGACCAGCUAAUGAUGGGCACGAUCUGCGAGAAGCUUCUGAGCCAGAUGGCUUAGGGCGGGACACAUGGAACACCACACCACCUGACCAGCUCAUGAUCGGAACCAUCUGCGAGACCCCUCUGAGCCAGAUGGCUUAGGGCGGGUCACAUGUAUCACCUCACCUAUUAGCUUGCUCAUGAUCGGCUCCAUCAGCAAGUCUUCCAUGAUCAUCAAAAUUGUGUAACUACCUGGUAUGAGCAGCGCACAUCGUUGGCAACUGCAACUGAUGUCGCCUUCGCUUUGGAAACGGAAAUGUGGCACUAUUAUUAAUCUCAUUAAAUGCUUGGGAGGA